AACAAUGCGGAAACAAAACAUCCGGUGACACCGGCACCAAAAGUUCAAAUAGAAAAUAUGGCAAAUAAAGAUUGUGUCUCGGGUGAUGAUAUCGAUAAAACGUGUAUUUUCUGUUUGGUAGCUCGCGGCAGAGAUAAAGAAACGACAGUUAUUAAGCAGAAUCAAGAGCUAGUAUGUUUCCGAGACAUUUUCCCUGCUGCUCCUUACCACUUCCUGGUCAUUCCCAGAGAGCAUAUUGUCAGCUGUCGCUCACUAAACAAGAAGCACAUCAGCCUUGUUGAAAGGAUGGUUGAACUGGGAAGAGCUGUGCUGCUGGAUCAGGGGAUCACUAACAUGAACGAUGUAAGGCUGGGUUUUCACCAGUUUCCCUUCAUCUCAGUAAGCCACCUGCACCUCCACGUCCUCGCCCCUGCCAGCCAGAUCUCACAGGCCAUGAUGUUCAAGUUCACUCCAGGAAGUGACUCUUUCAUCACCGAGGAAUCUCUAAGGAACCGACUAAGGAAAAAGAAAAAAAUUGAUAGCUGUUUGGGACGCCAGUGAGACUGCAGAUCUCGCAGAAAAGGUCUGUUCAACUCUAAAAACUGUGAAUCUUCAAAAAUACAGACGUCACUACAAACAUCUGACAAAACCAGUUAAAUAUAAACAACAUCUACUGAAUGGACUGUGUGUUUUCUAAAGUAUAAUGGGUUUCUGCAUAUAUCUGAGAGUUUUAAAUAAAAACUGUUCAUUUAAUUUUAGGAAACUAUAAGAAAAAAAAGUUUUGUAUUGUCUCAUGUUUCUCAAACUUUAUUGAAUAUUUAUUUAACUAUGUGUCUCGUUUUUUUUCGUGCUUUUAUUUUGUGAUCAGAACUUGAAGCAAGAUGUGAGGAAGCACCUACAACUGUAGGAUAGCAAAAAACAAACUGUCAAAACUCUGAAUAAUUACACAGAUAUUUGAGGCUUUCAUGAAAAAAAAAUAUUUUGUGAAGGGAAAAAAGACUAAAUAAGUUAUUUAAAUAUUAAAAAGAAUAAUAAAUCUAUACAUUUAGGUGAUAAAUGGGUAAUUAUUAUACCCAAAAAUUCAAAUAUGUUUUAAAAUUUUCACUUUUUUAGAAAUAAUUAAGUGGAUUAUAAAUAUGCAGACAAUUUUAUAUAUUUCGGUCUGUUUUUGUUCUGUUUCUAUAAUUGUCAGUUCUUUCUUUGAGCCACUUGAUGUCAGCAGUGUAUUUGAGGUUUUGCUUGCACCAUCAGCAGACCUCGCUAUAUUUGUUUCACUUUUUGAAAUAAUAACAAUAAAGAAUUGUAUAAAUUAUAUUUUAAA